ACGCUACUUCCGGUCUCCUCACUUCCGGCUCCGCUGCUCUCUGUGCUGGUGCUGCAGGCCGGGUUGAGAGGCAGCCGGUCUGUGUGUCCUCGGCGGUUGGUCAGUGUGAGGCGGUGACAGCUGCAGUUGCUCCCCGCCCCCGAGGAUCCGAGGUGCGUGGGGGGAAGGGAAGAAGGAAAAGGCCUAGGUCGCGUUUCCGCUCACUUCUUGCCAGGUUUGAGGCUAUUCCGGAGAGCAGCGGCAAAGAUAAUCCUCGACGUGAGAGCUGCCGGGUUCCCCGCAGACAGGUAUGUCUGACUGCAACAAUGAUACUACAACUCAUGGUGCAUCUAAACCAGGCACAGAAGAAGUCAAGUCUAAUUCCGAGGAGUCUAGCAUGGCUCAAGAAUCUCCCAAAAAUUCAGCAGCAGAAAUUCCAGUGACUAGUAAUGGAGAAGUUGAUGACUCUCAUGAACAUGGCUUUAAUAGGGAUCUGAAGCGUUCAUUACCAGCUGGACUUGGUCUCUCAGAAACCCAAAUUACAUCUCAUGGCUUUGACAGUACCAAAGAGGGGGUUAUUGAAGCAGGAGCAUUUCAAGGUUCCCCGGCACCACCAUUGCCAUCUGUUAUGUCUCCUAGCAGGGUGGCAGCUAGUCGCCUGGCUCAACAAGGAAGUGAUUUAAUUGUUCCUGCAGGUGGCCAGAGAACACAGACCAAAGGUGGACCAGUUAUUCUAGCAGAUGAAAUAAAAAAUCCUGCAAUGGAAAAGUUAGAGCUUGUUAGAAAAUGGAGUCUGAACACCUACAAGUGUACUCGACAAAUUAUCUCUGAGAAGCUAGGCCGUGGAUCAAGAACUGUGGACCUUGAACUUGAAGCUCAGAUUGAUAUAUUAAGAGAUAACAAGAAAAAAUAUGAAAACAUUUUAAGACUGGCUCAGACACUGUCGACCCAGCUUUUCCAGAUGGUGCAUACCCAAAGGCAACUUGGAGAUGCAUUUGCUGACCUGAGUUUGAAGUCCCUAGAACUCCAUGAAGAAUUUGGCUAUAAUGCAGAUACCCAGAAGCUACUGGCAAAAAAUGGAGAGACUCUUCUUGGAGCCAUUAAUUUUUUUAUUGCCAGUGUGAACACUUUGGUGAAUAAAACAAUUGAAGAUACAUUAAUGACUGUGAAACAAUAUGAAAGUGCGAGGAUCGAAUAUGAUGCCUAUCGCACUGAUUUGGAAGAAUUGAAUCUUGGACCACGGGAUGCAAACACCCUGCCAAAGAUUGAGCAGUCACAGCAUCUGUUUCAAGCACAUAAGGAAAAAUACGAUAAGAUGCGCAAUGAUGUUUCUAUCAAGUUGAAAUUUCUAGAAGAAAAUAAGGUUAAGGUAUUGCACAAUCAGCUGGUCCUUUUCCACAAUGCCAUUGCCGCUUACUUUGCUGGGAAUCAGAAGCAGCUUGAACAGACGCUUAAACAGUUCCAUAUCAAAUUGAAAACCCCUGGAGUGGAUGCCCCAUCUUGGCUUGAAGAACAGUAAAAGCAUACCUGGAAAAAAAAAAAAAAAAAAGUCAUGUUGUUAUAUUCUAAACAAACCUAAUAAUAAUUAAGCAGAGUUAGGUUAAGAUUAGGGAAGGGGUGACCACAACCAUUGUAGUGAUUCUUGCACAAACAGCUUUAAUUUUUCCCUUUUUCAUACUUUAACAAUUGAACUGUUAAAUUUGAUGGGAAGGUGGGUGAUUUUAAUGUAAACAUAAUUUCUAUAAUCUGAACACAGUAAUUUUCCUUUUUGAGAAAUCCUUUUGUAUUGUGAGGGUUGAUGGCUAUUUCUGUAGUUUGAAAACAUCUAAUAUAGAUUUGCACUGACAAGAUAAAAAUUCAAGGUUUUUGGUCCUGGCAAUGAGAGCCAGUUGUAACUUUUCCAAAGGGAGGUUUACAUGAUUUGUAUCAACAUCAGAUAUUUUAUAUAUGAAUAUAUUCAACAUCUUUGAGAGAUUCAUUUUCAUGUAUUGUCUUAAAGAAAAAAGAAACUAUUUUGCAGAGUAAAAUUAUAUGGUGUUCCUGCAGCAUCCACACAGAGGCAGCAGCUCUGAUGAAUGACUGAUUGGCUUGUGGAGUUGUGGCAAAUACCUUUUUAAAAAUGAAUCUGUACUAUUGUAUUUUUGUUUAGAGGUGUUUUUUUUUUUUUUUUUUUUUUGGUUUUUUUUGUUUGUUUGUUUGUUUGUUUUUGUUAAGACGCAGGAAUCACACUGUCAUUUCUGUGAGGCUUUAGAGCUUAAGAGUUUGCAUCACCCAAAGUCAUUGGGCAGUUAUGUUAGCAAUUUCUUUUGAUUCACAAUGAAACCUGCUUAAGAGAAUUUUUUUUUUUUUUUUUUUUUUUUUUGGCAGGUGGACUUGGAAUAGAAACUCUUGAUGGUUUCUAGAGUAGAAAUCUGUGCUUAGAAUGCUAGUUUUGGAGUAAAUUCCAUUUUGACAGAAGUGAAUUCCUAGACAGCUUUCAUGGACUUCCAUAUGUAACAAUACCGGUUAAGCCUUAAAUCACAGAUAUGUGCCUUCUCAGAUACAGUAAUUCUCAUUCAACCAAUGUACAUAAUCCAUAAAGAAACCCCUUUCAGAUAAUGUUUGACGUGUCUAUUCCUUCCUUGGAAAGGAACACCGUGUAUCAGUGUUGGGUUUCUUUGUAUUCGUUAAACCGUGUUUAAGGUUUAUGGUAAAAUCAACUUUUGAAUUUGCUGUUUGGUGUUUCUUCAUUCCUUUCGUGGAAUGAGAAGAUGGAGAAAUAUUUUUCAUUUGAGCAAUGAAAAGGUAAUACGGGACAGUGCGGUGGUAACAAGAAAGGGGAUUGGAAAGGCCAGUACUGUUUUAGUUGCUCAGCACUGUUGGUUGGUUUCAUGUCAUGUGGUUGACCUGUCUGCCGUGUGGUUCUAUCAGUAAUGUAAGCCUUUUAAAUAUAAGUUCCCUUGAUUUUUGUCAUAAACAUAAAUUAAUAUAUCUUCAUUUCUUUUGUGUUGAAAUGAAGUACUUAAAAUUACUGUUAUACAUGAACUUUGUGGACUGUAAGAUUUGUUAUAUAUGUUCAAAUGCCUUUUAGCUGGCUUUUUAAUUAAUAUGCCUGUUUUCAGUGCUUAAUAUGUACAAUGUAAUGUGAUUGUAAAUCAUAAGCCUAUUUUAAAUCAUUCCUUCCUGUAUAUUUGUACUCUGAGAGAGCCUUAUUUUAUUCUUCCAGCAGAAUUAAUACUUGUGAUAGUUCCUUUACAUUCCCCAGAAUGUGCCUCUGGUGUGAAUUUUGUAUUCUUAUUAAAAGUGUUUGCUGCAGUA